AUGGCUAGCAGCACGCCCAGCAAGGAAGACCCCAUCCUCAUCGUAGGUGCAGGCACCUUUGGCCUGUCCACGGCCUAUGAACUCGCCCACCACGGCUACCAGAACAUCACCGUGCUCGACAGAGCCUCGGAGAUCCCCUCGCCCUAUUCAGCCGGCUGCGACCUCAACAAAAUCGUCCGUGCCGAAUAUGAAGAUCCCUUCUACACCGACCUCGCACUCGAGGCCAUCUCCGCCUGGCAGUCGCCCUUCUUCGCCCCUUUCUACCGGCCGACCGGUCUAGUCAUCGCCAACUCGGCCGCAGCCAGCCAGCGCGAGAGAGACUCGCUAUCCAAGUCGUUCGGGUCGAUCGAACACAACCCCAAGUUCCCGGCCGGUUCCCUCUCCCAGAUAAAUUCGCGGGAGGAUCUCCAGGCUGCUGCUCCACCGCUCACAGGCGCCGCAGAGGGGUGGACGGGCUACUACAACAAGUUCGGGGGAUAUGCCAGAGCCGGAAGGGCCAUGAAGGCCAUGUACGACACGUGUGUAGCUCGCGGGGUGCGAUUCGUGCUGGGCCCCCGCGACGGGCACGUCACGUCGCUCCUGUUCGACGGGAAGCGCUGCCUCGGGGCACGGGCAGCAUCCGGACGGAAGCACGAAGCCUCCCGCACCAUCGUGUGUCUUGGGGCGGACGUUGCCCGUCUCAUCCCUCAGCUGGGCGGUCAGAUUACGGCCAAGGCGUGGUCGGUCGCCCAUAUACAGCUAACGCGCGAGCAGGCGAGGAGCCUGGCUGGCAUCCCGGUCGUCAACUGCCGGGACUUGGGGUUCUUCUUCGAGCCGGAUUCCGAUUCGGGCCUCGUCAAGUUGGCCGCCCAUAGAGCUGGGCUGACGAACUACCAGCCUGCAGCUGGGGGGAGGAAUGGGCAGGUCAGCCUACCAUCGCACAGUAAAGACGACGCUUCGAGAGGCAUUCCCCGGGAUGAUGAGGACAGGAUUGUGCGACUCAUCGCCGAGACCAUGCCGCAGUUCUCUCAUCUGCCCCUCGUGCGCAAGUUCAUUUGCUGGUGCGGCGAUACGGUCGACUCCAAUUUCAUCAUCGACUUCGUUCCAGGCACUGAAGCGCAGUCUCUCAUGGUUUUUUCGGGGGACAGUGGGCAUGCAUUCAAGAUGCUACCGGUGGCCGGGCGCUGGGCUCGGGAUGUCCUGGAGCGCGGCGAGCAGACCUUGGCCAGGUGGAAGUGGAAGAAAGAUCUCAAGGGUGGCCCGGAUGGCAUACACUGGCGACCGGGCGGAUUGGAGGAUCUGAAGGAUGUCAAGGACUGGGUGCCGCAGACGAUGACGCAAAAUAUUCCCCCUCUGCUCUGCGAGAUCCUCCCAUCGUCCAGCCUUGCCCACAUCUCUGUCCAGCCAGACAGCCUGCACUACCUCCUUCGCCUUGAGAAUACUCGCAAGAGGCCUCGCAUUAGCCAUCUCCGUGAACUUGUCCAGGAUCAUCCGCCGCUCAUCCUCUGCCCACGCGCCAAAGGUGCCCAGUAUGAACAGAGGAAAGAUCAUGGUCGGUUUUGGAGGCAUCCGGGCGAGGAUCCUCACGACAGCCGCCGUAAGGGGUUGAAGGGUCGGCGAGAGUGGCUUGACCCCGUCCACACCGGCAUACAGGUAUAUGAGGGCACACAGCCUCUUGCACUCGGCGAUCUCGAGCAGCUCCGCCCAGUCCGAGGCUCGGUCCGUCGAUAUUUGCUGUCGAAGGUGAUGCAGCGUCCUCUCCACUCUGUCCCGUCGUGCCCUGAAGGACCGAACAGCCUCGGGGUCCGCCGAUGCCAUGUCAGCCUUGCGAGCCUCGACUAUCAGCGCACUGACCUCGGAGAUUUGCUUCACCAGGCCGCGGGAGCAGACAAUGGUGGCGUCAAUCUCGAUCUCGUCGUCAGUUGCGAACCACUCGCGCGGUUCGAAGAGCGUCUCCUCCUCCGAUAUCCUCCAGCCCAUGACGUCGUGUGUCACGAGCCAGGUGACACAGAACCUCUGGAAUUUGUCAAACAUGUCGAAACCCCCCGGCCAGAGAAUGUUGCAGAUUGCGCGGCCAGCCUUGAGAUGCGCCAUCCAGGUUGA